UCUGACAUUUUCCUCUCUGGAUUUCUUUACUUCAUUUAGUUCCUCAUUAAGAUGUUAAAUAUACAUACCUAAAAGGGUCCUCUAAAGUAGUCUCUUCUAAAACAAAUAGACCACCUAUUCUAAAGACAAAUCCACAUCUCUGCCCUAAAAGGUACAAACUGCUUAUAAAUUUAAAAUUGAGAAAAUUUUCUAGUUUCAGAAAAUUCUCAAUCAGUAGGCAUCUUCUGUAUACAGUUGGUAAGUAAGAGCAAUCACAAUAUUAAAAAUUGAAACUGGUAUUCUAGGGUCAGGAUCAUUGUUAUUUAAUUGCUCUUAAUAAUUUUAUUACAUAAGAUGUUCAGAGAGCUUAAAAUUGUUCUCAAGUAAAAGAGUAAUUCAUUAUUUUGAAAAUACUAAUAAAAGUACACCCUUGAAGUUAGUGUGUUCUUUUAAAUUCUUCCUGGGUAGUUACCUAGACAGUUGUACUAUUAUUAAGUAAAGGCUUUUGUUCUUAAUAGGUGAUUUAGCCUUAAUUGUUAUGAAACACUGGACAGUUUCACUUUAUCAAAUUCUUCGGUAGUUAGAGCCAACAGCUUUGAACCACCUAUUGAGUGGGGUUAUUUCUUUAUACCUAAAUCACUUGAAGUGUGUUAUUGAAUGUUAUAAUUGAAUAUUGGGCUAUUCAGAAUUCUUUGCAAAAUACUGAAAUCCAAGUACGUAUUUAAAAAGUUUAUUUCAAGGGUAUAAAUAGUUUCAGACAAUUAUUUCCCUAUUUAUAUUUAUAAAUUUUAUCUAGAACUCAGCUAUCUUAUGCUAUGUAUCACUUCUUUCCUUAAUGGGAACAUGACAUUACAGUAAUAUACUUCUAUUUUCUAAUUUGGAAUCAUGUUUUAUUUGUUUGUCCCAUCAAACUUUAUCUACUGAUGGUGCCCCAAAAAAGAAAUAAUCAAAAGCAAAUACCUAAGAAUGUUAGCAACUGACUGCUUUACUUUGUGUUGAUAAAUAUCUUUCUAAUUACCAGAAAUCAUUAGUCAUUUAACUACAUGAUCUUUCAAUAGAGAGAUGAUGAAUAGAAGAUUUGGGGUUGUUAACCAUGAAAGAAAACUGGUUAAAAACUGUACAACAGAAAUUAAUACAAAAUUGUAAAUCUGCUGUACUUUAAUAAAAAAAUUAAAAAUAACAUGGUUUUAUUCAAGACAAUCAAGGAAAAGGUGGACAAAAGAGAUGAAAAGAUGAAAAAUUUCAACAGAUUAAAAAUAAUCUAAACUAAAAAUCUAAAAAUAUUUAAAAACAGAUUCUGGUGAAUAUUUUAGAACUGAAAAAUAAUAUAUCUGGAAUUAAGAACUCACUCGUUGGGUUUAAUAUAAUAUCAAAUUAGGUACAAGAAGACAGGAUUAGCGAACUAGAAGAUGAAAAUAUCCCAACUUCUGAUCAGAUCAGCUUCCCAACACACCAAGGUUAGUUGUUAUUCUUAUCUGUACUUAGGCUAGUUCCCUCUCUCUUCCCCGUAUCCUCAAUCCACAGCUUCUCUUUUCCCAGCUGUCUUCUUUUCUACCUAUUGUUUCAAGUCCCAUUUCCACAUAUCCCUGUUGAAGACCUACAUCCUUGAUCUCAGUAGCAGACAAAAUUAGGAAAAUUUGAAAACUGGUUCAUCAAUAGGUGCUUAGCAGGCCAACAUAGAACACUGCUAGUCAUGCUACCUAAAGUGCACAGAAGUCCACUUUGGGUGAUUGUCACCAAGUAAAUUUAGCAACAAACAGAAGGGGAGUACCCAGUGAUACAAUCUGAGUCCCAGAGAAAGAAUCUUAUUUCCUAGGAAAUUAAGAGUAGCAAAACAGACCCCUAUUUCUAGAGAAAUUGAAAUUAAGAAAAUGAGUUAUGAAACCAUGGAAAGAAGCAAAACCAGGGACUGAUAGCUGUGGCAUAGAGUUCGUGGCAUGGCCUGUACACCCAGAGUAAGGCCAUGGCUCAGUUCCUGGAACUGUGCUCGUGGUCAGAGUCGUUGCAGGAAAGCAGCAACACUAAUGACCCCACGCCAGGUAAAGAUCUCAAAUUCUUGAAUUUCUGCUACCUUGGAACUAAAUUGUUCCCAGAAUCUAGUGUAAGCAGAUUCGGCUCUGAGAAAUGGAGGGCUUUGAGGACAAGGAAACAUAUCAAUCAUUAUACCACGUAUCAGUGUAUAAUUGCUCUUUGGUUCGGAUUUACAAAAUUAAGUUAAAUAAAACUUUGUUGUUUUCUCUUGGGGCUAUAUAUACCACCAUCAGGUAAAUCUUAAAUUUGGCUUUGUAGGCCUAAAGUUUGGGUUGUAUUCUAUUCCUUGGAAGGAGACAUAGAAUAUUAAGGUGUUAAUUUUAUACUAAAAUAUGUAGGAUAUGUGUGCAUUUGUGUAUGUGGGUGCAUAUGUGCGUCCAUUCCUAAGUUGCCUUAACCUGUUACCAAGCCCUUAUCUAACUUAACCUCAAUUUUAUUCUUAAAAUAGGUAGAAAACAAAUUUUUAUCUUCAACUGGAUCUUGUUUCAAUAUUAAAAGCUUUUAGACUGUUUUGACUCAGUAAUUGAAUGUUGUGCCUCAGAACUUUGGUAACUAAUAAUAUAACUGCUCUUGGAUUGAAAGCUUUUCAGUUAACCUUCCUCCCUUUUGUUAAAAACUGCAGGUGCCUUUUCUGUGCCUGGGUCUUGCCUGCCCAGGGAACUUGAAGUCCUUGAUCUUUAUUUAGUCGUUCAUUCACUCAUACGUUCAGAUGGGUCUAGGGAAGACAAUUCAAGCAAUUGGCAUCGCUUACUUCUAUAAGGAAGAGUGGCCUCUUUUAAUAGUGGUCCCUUCAUCUCUGAGGUACCCUUGGACAGAAGAAAUAGAGAAAUGGAUCCCAGAGCUAGGUCCAGAAGAAAUCAAUGUUGUUCAGAAUAAAACUGAUAUUGGGAGAAUAUCGACCAGCAAAGUGACAGUUCUGGGUUAUGGCCUUUUAACCACAGACGCGGGGACUUUGAUAGAUGCUCUGAAUGAUCAGAACUUCAGAGUAGUUAUUGUGGAUGAAUCUCACUACAUGAAGUCCAGAAAUGCAGCUCGCAGCAGGAUUUUAUUGCCACUAGUACAGAAAGCCAAACGAGCCAUUCUUCUUACAGGAACCCCAGCUCUGGGAAGGCCUGAAGAGCUUUUCAUGCAGAUUGAAGCUCUCUUUCCACAAAAGUUUGGAGCAUGGACCGACUACGCCAAAAGAUACUGUAAUGCACAUAUCAGAUAUUUUGGUAAAAGGGCUCAAUGGGAUUGUAGAGGGGCAUCAAAUCUUAAUGAACUUCAUCAGCGAUUAAGUGACAUAAUGAUUAGAAGAUUAAAGACUGAAGUUUUAACCCAGCUGCCCCCUAAAAUCAGACAGCGUAUUCCAUUUGAUCUUCCAUCAGCAGCAGCCAAGGAAUUGAAUUCCAGCUUUGAAGAGUGGGAAAAAUUAAUGAGAGCUCCAAGUUCAGGUGGCACCGAGACUGUCAUGGGGUUGAUUACUCGCAUGUUUAAACAAACUGCUAUUGCCAAGGCAGGUGCUGUAAAGGAUUAUAUUAAGAUGAUGCUUCAGAAUGAUUCGCUAAAAUUUCUGGUUUUUGCUCACCAUUUAAGCAUGCUCCAAGCUUGCACAGAAGCCGUCAUAGAAAACAAGACGCGUUACGUUAGGAUAGACGGAAGUGUUCCAUCUUCAGAAAGAGUACAUCUGGUUAAUCAGUUUCAAAAGGAUCCUGAGACUCGUGUGGCUAUCCUAAGCAUUCAGGCUGCUGGUCAGGGUUUGACAUUUACUGCUGCAACUCAUGUUGUAUUUGCUGAGUUGUACUGGGACCCUGGACAUUUAAAACAAGCAGAAGACCGUGCUCACCGGAUUGGACAGUGCAGUUUUGUGAAUAUUCACUACCUUAUUGCAAAUGGGACUCUGGACACGCUUAUGUGGGGAAUGUUGAAUCGCAAGACUCAGGUUACAGGGAGCACACUGAAUGGUAGGAAGGAAAAACUUCAUGCUGAGGAGGGUGAUAAGGAAAAAUGGGAUUUCCUGCAGUUUGCUGAAGCUUGGACUCCAAAUGAAAGUUCUGAAGAGCUCAGGGAUGAAAUGUUAUUCACUCACUUUGAAAAAGAAAAACAGCGUGAUAUUCGAUCCUUCUUUUUACCAAAACCUAAGGAGAGACAGUUGGUGACCUCCUGUGAUGAAUCAGGGGUGUUCCAGGAGAAAAAUCCUGUAGUGCCAGCAGCCCCUGGGAAAACAGCUGCAAGAGAUGUCACUGGUGAUGGAAGCGAUCUUGAGCCUGAAGCCAAAAGGCUGAGAUCGGUCACCCCCGAUGACCGCAGCAGCCCGUCGGAGGAGAGACCUUCCUGGCCCCCGCAGACCAAAGGUCCGCUCGUGGAGGGGGACUGUGAGGCCAAGACCCAGGCCGCCACGCCAGCCCUUCCUGGUGAGGGCUGGCAGUGUGGUUUCUGCACCUACGUCAACAGCUCAGUGUUGCCAUACUGUGAGAUGUGUGCGAAUCCUCGGGGACGUGGCGGUGGCCUCAACCACACCCAGGAUCAAAGCAAACACAAGAAAGAUGAUUCUCAGAAAGACACCUCCAGAAAAAUUCAGACUAGUUCUGACUGUGAAAAACAAGUCCUUGCAUGUUCAGAACCUGAACCGUUAGCUGAGAACAAGGAGGAAAUAUCAGAAACCGAGAGUGAAGACAGACUCACAUCCCAGCCAGGUGAUGGAUAUUUGCAGAGCGCGGACCCUUUGCCAGUAUACGAUACCUUAAUGUUCUGUGCAAGUAGGAACACCGACCGGGUUCACCUCUAUACUAAGGAUGGAAACCAGAUGAACUGUAAUUUUAUUCCUUUGGAUAUAAAAUUAGACCUUUGGGAAGAUUUACCAGCAAGCUUUCAGCUGAAACAAAAUCGCUCCCUGAUUUUGAGGUUCGUUCGAGAAUGGAGUAGUCUAACUGCCAUGAAGCAAAGGAUAAUCAGGAGAAGCGGGCAGCUGUUCCGCAGCCCAGUUCUUGCUUUGGAAGAACUCACAAAGCAACAGACUAAACAAAACAGUACCAAAAGGUACAUAACCAGAGAAGAUGUUGCUGCAGCCUCGAUGGACAAGGUGAAGACUGACGGGGGCCAUGUCCGUCUGAUCACAAAGGAGACCGGGCUCCGGGACUCUGCUACAAAGGAAUUGCUAGAAGAUGGAGCCUGUGUCCCACUUCUAAGUCCCUGCGCAGCCCGAGCGGAUCUCACUGUGAAGCCUCCUACAUCCAAAGGCUAUUUGCAAGCUGUGGAUGAUGAAGGAAACCCACUUUGCCUUCACUGUCAGCAACCCACUUUCCAAACUAAGCAAGAGCGUAAAGCCAAUGCUUGGGAUUCACGGUUUUGCUCUCUGAAAUGUCAGGAGGAGUUUUGGAUUCGAUCUAAUAACAGUUACCUGAGAGCCAAAGUAUUUGAAAUUGAGCAUGGCGUGUGUCAGCUGUGUAAUCUGAAUGCACACGAACUCUUUUUACGUCUGAGAGAUGCCCCUAAAAGUCAGAGGAAGAAUCUUCUGGAUAUUACCUGGACCUCAAAACUCCCAUUAGAACAGCUUAAUGAAAUGGUAAGAAGCCCAGGGGAAGGGCAUUUCUGGCAGGUGGACCACAUCAAGCCGGUGUCCGGUGGAGGAGGGCAGUGCUCCCUGGACAACCUGCAGACCCUCUGCACAGUCUGUCACAAAGAGAGAACUGCCAGACAAGCCAAGGAAAGAAGCCAGGCGAGAAGACACUCUCUAGCAUCAAAACACGGCUCAGACAUCACACGAUUUUUGGUAAAGAAAUGAAGUUAAAAUUUUUUUGAAUGGAUGACAGUUUAUAUGUGGAGAAUUCAACAGAUUUUUUUCCUGUUUAAUAUUUUAAGAGUGAAAAUCAAGCAUUCACCUUCCCUUUUCAUGUUCAAUACCUUUUGAAAGUACUUCCCAGAAACUGAGAUACAGUUCUCAAUGUUUCUGUGAUCUUCUUGACUUCAUGGAGAUUGUCAGUGAUGUUGCGGUAAGGUUUUGUUACGCUUUCAUUCCCCCGACUAUACUUUCAUCAUGGUAUUACGCAUAGAUUUUUUAAAAUAUGCUCUCGAUUACUUGAAAAACACUGCUGGAUUAGUACUGGUUCUGAACUGCGGUGUUUCUAAAUGGAACAUUGUAAAACCAAAAGAGAAAUUCUGGAGGCAAAUCAUUAUUCGGGAAUUCUGGCCAGGCGUGACCUGCCUGUUUAGUAUGCAAGAAAGACGUACUCACCAAAUGCUUCCAAGGUGGGCUUGAGGUGCACAUUUUGAGUGUUGUCUUCUUUGUUUUAUUUCUUAGUCAGUUGUCUUUACUGAAAAGAUGCUUUUGAAAAUAAGCUAAUUGGACCUAUGGUGUUUGGACAAUUCAGGGGUUCUGGCUAAAGUAACUAUUAAAAAUAUUUAAACUGCACAUAAAAUGUAAGAUGCCACUUAAACUUCAUUUUUUAGUGAGUUUGUUUUGAUGCAUAAAAGUAGGCUUAUUGUCAAAGCA